AUGAAAUAUCUAGGCCUGGCCUUAGACAGUCACUGGACCUUCGGCACUCACUUCGAGCGCCGGGCACCGUCUGUCGAGGCGACGGCGAAUGCAUUAGGACGUUUGCUGCCUCGGCUGGGCGGACCCGGCCUCGGAGUGCGUCGGCUGUUCGCCGGCGUGAUGCGAUCGAGACUCCUCUAUGGAGCACCGAUCUGGGCGGAGGACCUGAUGGCCAGCCGCCGCAGUUGCAGAAGGCUGCACAGGGCGGUGGCCAUCAAGGUACUGAGAGGCUUCCGCACUAUUAUGGCGGCAGCAGCGGCGAUGCUCUACUGGUUUCCCCCGUUCGAACUGCAGACACUGAGGUGA